AUGUCCUCCAGUCUCUCGUCCAGCGCUCGAAAGGUCGUCCGUAUCACGGACGUUAGGCCUUCUUACAGCGUGCACCUGCAACCUUCCCAACUACAGCAGCAGCAGACAGAGAUAACUGCCUUGUGCAUCUCGCCCACUGGCACUACCAGCAAAAGACUCAGUUAUGCGCAACUGCGAGCUUUACCCGGCGGGCCGGACGCUCUGAUCCAAUUCCAGGUCAACCCAGCAGAUGCUCCAUUCUCAUCCAACCCUACGCCCCCUCUUCCGAGGGCUUAUCCGAUGGAGUCCGAGGGCCAAGGGUCAAGGUGGUCGAGGUGGUCAAGAUGGUUUCGCCGCUGGUGCAAUACGUGA